AUGUCUGACCUAAAGCCCCCACCAUCAUGUGAGAACCCCUCCACCUCCUCCGUCCCAGCUUCUGCCGGCCUCCCUGCUGGCUGUGCCUCCUCCUGCAACCUCGCCAUGGAUGUGGAGCCCUGCGUCACCACCGUCCCCCUAUCUCCCAACCCCCUGUCCUCCUUCACCCAGCAGGGACAUGGCGUCUCUUCAUACCACGGGCUCCAGGGGGCUCCCUUUCCACUUCUGGCCAGGUGUAACAGCAGUACCUUGCUCACCAACUUGGGGCUGCGGUACUGCUCCAACAGUCCGGGGCCUCGGGGUGGACUAGGGCAGGACCCAGGGACCUGCAUCCACACUGCAGGUAGUGGCAGCAGGCCUUAUAGGAGCAUGGAGAACCUCAGCUGGAACAGUGUGGGCGAACCUGGCCUUUAUGCUUUCAGUGGCACCCCCUGUAGGAGUGUGGACAGUGAGUUUGUUUUCCACUGCACCGCAACUAGUCACUGGUAUGACGGGCCCCCAGAUGGGUCCGGGGUGGAGGUCUGUGGAAUAAUGCCCAACCCAGAGAGCCUCGCCUUCUACCCUCGGCGGGGAGUACCCAGGAAAGACCUACCCCUCUUCCCUCAAUUGCUAUUCCCCAAUGGAGUGGAUGAAUGGGAUGCCCGAAGGGGCUUGAGGGAGAAGCUCCGUCUCCAAAGCGCCAGGUCAGCAGCAGAGCCUCUUAAACCCCUCCCACUGCGACCUCAGCCAACUCUUGGUGCCAUGCCCCUCCCUGGAUCAUGUGACCAGGAGGGAAGGCCCCAUCCAAAUCCAAUGGGAGCUGGCUCCCGACCACUGUGUGCAAUGCGCAUUACCAGCCCCGAGGAGAUCAAACAGGAGGUUCUGAGGCGCCUGCAGCUCAGACGGCAGAGUAGCACACCCAACCUAGCUCUCCACAGCUCCCCAGACAGUCCAAAGGUGGCCAAGUCUUUCUACACCACAGACAACAUUGCUGGUAAUGGGGGUAGCGCGGAUCCCGUGUCAGAGCGCCGCAGACCCCCUGUAGGCCGCUUGCACAUCCCCACCUUUGAGGAGUUCAAGAGGAUGAGGCAGAGAGGAAAUGGGCACAGCAGCAGCAGCAGCAGCGAACCAGUGGACUGUGAAAAGGCUGAGGUUGAAAGGCCACAAGGCACAGUUGGAGGUACAGCCUCAUCCGCAAGAAUGGGCUGUCAGUCCAGCUCUCAUGGAGGAAGGAUAGAGGGAGGGAGCAUGGAGCGGAUAAAUGGAGGAGAGAGAGGCGAGGAGAGAGGAGAGAGGACAGGUGAUGACAAGAAAGAACUGCAAAUUGUCUGCUCCUCUGAUAAACCUUCCCAAAACCUGGCAAAUGGUACAGAUGCCGGAGAUACCACUUCCUCCUCUCCCUCCAAUGCCGCCACCAGCACAUCUUCUCCCAUCUGCAUCAGCCCGGCCCCACGUUCACCUCUCCAGCCCCUGGCUGGCUCAGCCACAGAGAAGUGCCCCAUGACGGGGGUCCAAGAGGGAAUCGGCAGGCCCAGGAGGAACAGUCUGGAGCCUGCUGGGUCUGCACCUUUUCCUCCAGGCAGGGAACUGUUGGAACGGCCCUCCAGCUGCUGCCCUGCUCUGCUCCUGGAAGGGACCGACCUCUCCAGCUAUGGAGCCAAGAUCUACAAGAUGAAGGAUGGCCUCAUUGGCUCAGCGCUGGACCUCAUCAAGAAAAGCUGCAGUGCAGAGAUCUCAGCAGAGGCUCUCGUCAGCCUGUCAGGUGACCAGAACGGAGGCUCUGACAUCACCGCCCCCCCGACCGACUGUCAAUCCUCCCCCGUCUCCAUGGCAACGGCGGCAACGGCCUGCGGAGCGGAGGCUGGCGACGAGGCGCCUGCAGGAGGAGGAGAGGAACCGGCAGAAUGUGAGCAGCAUUUUGGGCUGGGCUGCAGGCGCUCCAGCUCAGACGCGGCCUAUGAGCUGGCUGAGACAGUGAGGGCGCAGCGCGAGUGCCGCCUCCGGCCCCACUACAGCGACCCCAUGCCAGCAGAUGCCGCCAAGCGCAAACAGCUGGAGAUGAAGAUCGCUGCCGCCGCCCGACUCCACAGCCAGCGCAGGGACAGGGACCGAGAGAGAGAGCGCGACAGAGACAGUGCUCCAGCGGCAUUGCGUGGUCGUUCAGAGCCCCGGGGUGAGGAGCGCCAGGGGUGUCUGGGCGUGACGCGGUCCGGGCAACACCGCUGGAGCACUGUCAGCAGCCUGAGCGCUGACAGUGGUGUGGUGGGACUCAGCGACGAGAGGGAGGAGGAGGACAGCGAGCCCCGCCGCUACCGCCGCAACCGGGGUGCUGAGGUGGAGCGGGUGGACAGCGGUAUUGGACCGGGCCUGGCCCGUGGCUGGAAGAGACCCUCCGCCUCUCUUCGCGCCUGGGAGGCCCAGAGACCGUGCCCAGACUGUGGCCAGAGGGACGGCAUCUCCAAGGAACGCAGCGAGGGCAUGUGCGAACGCUGCUCCAAGCUGCGCACUGAGAGGAAAGAGGCCAUCCUUGAGUUUCUGAACACAGAGUCGAGCUACGGCGAAGACCUACGAAUCAUCAAGGAGGAGUUUUACUGCCCCAUGCAAAGUGCCGGGCUGCUGACGGCCGAGCAGCUGGUCAUCGUGUUCGGGAACGUCCAGGAGCUGAUCGAUGUCAAUGAUCGCUUUACUGAACACCUUCAAGACAGCAUUGACCAGGCCUUUGACCAGGGAGAUGAGGACCUGCUGACAGUGUGCAUUGGAGAAAUCUUCCUGGAGUUUGUCAAUAUGCUGCCAGCCUUCCAGACCUACUGCCUUCAGCAGUCCACCUCUGUCAACAUGCUCAAUGCCCUGGAGAAGGAGAAGGAGCUGCUCAGAAUCUUCCUAGACGUGUCCCAGAAUGACAACACGGCACUGCGUCGCAUGAACCUGCGCUCCUUCCUUAUGGCGCCCCUCCAACGCGUCACCAAAUACCCCCUCUUGUUGAGCCGCAUCAGCAAGGCCACCACCGAGUGCCACCCGGACCAUGCACGUCUGCGGGAGGCUAAGAGCCGUGUGGAGUCCCAUCUGGAGCACAUCAACAUGAAGACCAAACAGGAGGGCACCGGAGUCACCUGGUCCCUGCGCUCCUUCCGCCGCGACAGCCGCAAGAACCGCGAGGUCAUCAACAUCGAGAUGCGGGAGAUGUCCAUGAAGACAGUGGGCUGGGCCAGGGAAAACACUCGCUUUGUUAUGGAAGGGCCGCUCCAGCUGUCCCAGCCAGCAGAUGGCCAGUGGGUGAAAAAGGGCAGCAAGGCACUCAAAUUUCAGAAUGUCCAGAGUCUGCUGAUGGUGCGGAUGCAGCAGGCCGGGGAGGUCCCAGGAUUGGGAAUGGACCCGGGGGCCAGGGGGGACCAAGUGGAGCUGGCAGGAGAGAGCAUUCGGGACGGCGUGCUGGUUCUGAUCAAGGACAAGAGUAGCGGGAAGUUCACAGUGCUCAGAGAGCCAAUACGCCUGGGGAACUGCGUGGUGUCUGCGGACCCGGAGUGCGAGGACACGUUUGAGGUACUCGACAUCCGACGGGAGUCCUUUGUUUUCCGGGCGUCGGACAAAUCCCGCACCCAGCAGUGGUUCCGUCAGAUCAAAAGGUACACGCGAGACCUGGGCCCCUGGAGAAAGAGACGCAACGCUCUGCCCAAUAUUAUGAUCAACACCAACCAGACCCGCUCCUGA